AUGCUUUUUAAGCAAAUAACUCAAUUUAAUAGAAUCGUUAAGCGCGGCCGAAGCCGUUUAAAAAAUCUUUUAUUUGCUUUAACUAUUGCUGCUACUGCAACUGCGGCGGCGGCGGCGGCUAUACUUCGCACUCUUACUUUCGAACCUUCGCUUUUUCCUUUAAACCUUUUUAUUAAGCGCUUGCUUAUGUUAACGACCGUCAAAGCUUUAAAGUGUAUCAAGUGCAUUAAUAAUAAGAUCACAUCGAAGUCUAAUAAAGAUUAUUAUAAUUGCGACACGAGCGUCAUACGCUGUCUCCGGUAUGCUAAAAAUAUUGCUUUUUUAAGAAGUGUUAUUAAUAGUCCGAGCGGUCUUGCGAAUAAAAGUAAAAGCUUUAAAAGUAAUCCCGGUAGCUUUACAAGUUUUGCUUUUGCUUUUAAGACCUUUAAUUUAAAUGUAGCUUUUAUUAGAUUGAAUAGUUUUAUAGCAGCGAACCGUAGUUCGAUAAUACGAAGCGCUUCGAGUAUAUCAUCUUUUCCUCUUGCGCUUGCGCUAGCCGCCUUUAUUGCUCUCGUCGCCUUCGCAGCUCUCGUCGCUUUCGUCGCACUUAUUAUCGUCGCUCUUUUUGCGCUAGUUAUUGCGCUUACUGUUUCCGCAGCGGCGCCCGCCGUUGCUAUGACUCUUGCGGAGCGCUAA